AUGAAGAAGAAGAAAACUAUUGACUUUUUCUUUAAGAGAAAAGAGAGAGAUGAUGAACAAGCACAACCUUCACUUGUUUCACCAACUUCAAUAGAUAUUAAUGUUUCAAAUAUCGUUGAAGUUGGACAACCAACACAAUCAACCGUAGAGCAACUUGUCCAACCACCUCCUUCAAAAGCUUUGAGGAUUGAACAAGAAAGAAUCAAUAUUGAUGCUUUGAUUCGUGAUCCUGGAAAGCGUCCAAGAAUUUUGGAUUAUCUUGUUAAUCAACAAGAUGAAAUUAGAAGAGCAUACAUAAAGUUUGGACCGUAUCAAUUUUUGAUGGAUGAAUAUCCGUUUUCUGCUUCUGUGGAUGCCGUUAAAUGGAUGACAUUUCAAGCUUGUGCUUUUAGAGGGCAUGAUGAAAGUGUGAGAUCUAAAAAUCGGGGAAAUUUUAUAGAGAUGAUAAAACUUUUGGCUUCUUAUAAUAGAGAAGUAGAUGAAGUGCAAAGUGAUAUUCGUAAAGAGAUUGGUGAUGCAAAAUUUUGUUUACUUGUUGAUGAAGCUCGUGAUGAAUCUAAGAGGGAGCAAAUGGCUCUUGUCAUUAGAUUUGUUGACAAGAAUGGAUAUGUUAAGGAGCGUUUCUUGGAUAUGAUACAUGUGAGAGAUACUACUUCACAUACUCUUAAGGAAGGAAUUUGUUCUAUAUUAUCUCACCAUAAUCUCAACAUUAAAAGUGUUCGGGGCCAAGGAUAUGAUGGGGCUAUAGGUUCUUCUUGUAAACGCAAUGAUGAGUUGCAAGCUGCUUAUGCAAAUGAAAUUUCACAUUUAGUUGCAAAUGAUGAGAUUGAAACAGGAAGGGGGGCAAAUCAAAUUAGCACACUACAAAGACCCGGUGACACUAGAUGGAGUUCCCACUUAAAUUCAAUAACCCAUCUUUUACGAUUGUAUAAUGCAACAACUACGGUUCUUGAAGACUUGGCCAUUGAAGGAUCUACUUAUUCUCAACGAGGUGAUGCCACUUAUGCUUUCAAAUCAUUAAUGUCAUUUGAAUUUGUUUUCAUUUUACACUUGAUGAAAGAACUUACGGGAAUCUGUGACAAACUUUGUCAAGCUUUACAAAAAAAAACUCAAGACAUCUUGAAUGCUAUUUGUUUGGUGUUUACCACAAAAUCAUUAAUUCGAGAGUUAAGGGAUUUUGGUUGGGAUUCUCUUCUACAAAAUGUUAGAUCUUUUUGUGAUAGUCGAUCUAUUGAAGUUCCAGACAUGAGCUCUUCUUUCUCUGACAUAAUUCGAUCUCGUCGUCAAAAGGAUAAAGUGACAAUAGAGCACCAUUACCGUAUUGAUGUAUUUAAUGUUGUCAUCGAUUAUCAGUUGAAAAAAUUGAAUAGCAGGUUCAGUGAGCAAGCAACUGAACUUCUUAAAUUGAGCACAGCUUUAGAUCCUAAGGAUUCAUUCAAGUCAUUUAAUGUUGAGCAUAUUUGCAGUCUUGUUGAGAAAUUCUAUCCUUCGGAUUUUUCUGGCCAAGAAAAGAUUCAGUUACCAUAUGAAUUGCAACAUUAUGAAUUUGAUGUGAUCAAAGAUGUCAACUUUCAGAAUUUGUCCACUAUUGGUGAAUUGUGUCAAAAGUUAGUUGAGAGUGAAAAAUCAAUUGUCUAUCCUUUACUUGAUAGAUUGUUGCGACUUGUUUUGACUCUUCCUGUAUCAACAGCAACCACUGAACGUGCUUUUUCAGCUAUGAAAGUUAUAAAAACAAGGUUGCGCAACAAGAUGGAAGAUGAUUUUCUCACUGAUUACAUGGUUGUUUAUAUUGAAAAGGAAAUUGCUGAAAAAUAUACCAGCGAUAUGAUAAUUGAUGAUUUUUACUCUAUGAAACAACGACGAGCACAACUUUAG